AUGAGAGAAGCGAAGCUCAAACACAGAAUCAUUGAUAUCCCAAGAAUAUACAUGCUUUUUGUGGCUGUGGUUCUUGCUAUAUUGCUAGCUGUUCACUUUGGGGUGGAGUUAUUUCUUGCUGAACCGGUUAAACAUGGCAGCAUUAAAAGAUUGGUCUUUUCCAAGCAAAACACUACUGCCAUUGCUCGCAAGCUAUUGCAGUCUCCUGAUGAUGGUGACGGAAAUAGGAUUGGUACAGCUUGUUCAAAGGAUGACAUUUUGAUAUUUCAAGGCUCAACAGCUCCACUCCCUAAUGGAAUUCCCUCAUACACAGUUCAAAUCCUGAAUGUGUGUGUCUCAGGCUGUAGCAUUUCCGACAUUCAUGUAAGUUGUGGAUGGUUCAGCUCUGCCCGGUUGGUAAAUCCCAGAGUGUUUAGGCGAGUGUACUAUGAUGAUUGCCUGGUCAAUGAUGGAGAGCCUCUUGGUCCUGGAGAAACUCUCUCCUUCCAGUAUGCUAACAGUUUUCGCUACCCUUUAACAAUAUCCAAUGUUGCUUGCUGCUGAAGUGAUGAUCCAUCCCACCAAUGUUGAUAGUGUAUAUGUUUUGAGUACCUACUGUUUUUGUCUAUGAUAAGCAUACACUGUGAUUCCUCAAUAAAAAUGGGAAAUGAACAAUGCUAUAUAAUAGUUGCAAGACUUAGACAGAAUCUGUUGUUUUGAAGAGCUAGCUU